AUGUACUUGGAGUCGAUACCCUCUAAUGAGAACCCAAGGCAUGUCUAUGUUGGUGAUUCGUCGGCUGCUCUCAGAACAAUAAACGGACGGAUUAACGCGCGUCUCGACGCGGACUGCAUCCUGGACAGUGGAUCCCAGAUUGUCUCGAUGGCUUUCUCAGAAGCAGUCGACGCACAAUUGAGCUGGGAUCCAAAAGUCAUCAUCUAUAUGGAAAGCGCAAAUGGAUCUAUCUCUAAGUCGCUGGGAUUAGCGAGAAAUGUACCCUUCAGGUUUGGGACCAUCUUGGUCUACCUGCAGGUGCACAUUUUGGAAAGUCCAGCUUAUAAGGUGUUGCUCGGCAGACCGUUUGAUAUCGCGACAGAGAGCAAUAUCAAGAACGCGGCCGACGGCAGCCAGAUAAUCACCAUGCGCGAUCCCAAUUUAAAGACACGUUGUGCAAUGGCUACGCAGCCGCGUCGUGCAGACGACUUGCCGCGUAACACUAAAAACAACGACGGAUCUACCGAGCCCUACAGUUCGUCGAAACCGACGACCAGUCCGGACGAGCCAAACCCUGAACGGGAUUUUCAAAGAGCUUCGAGGAAUUGA